AUGGGCAGCAUCGACGCGAACUGUGCAAGUGGAGGUGGUCAUGGCCCGACCGUGAACACCCUUCCUGCCUCGUGGUAUCGAGAGGAGGGUUUGUACGAACUUGAGAAGCGAGCGAUCUUCUCGAAACGCUGGCUGUGCGUCUCUCAUGCGUUGCGAUUCAAAGAGGUUGGAGAGUUCGUCAAUUUCGAGAUUGCCGGUUUCAAGUUUUUCGUCAUUCGCGACCGGCAAAAGGAACUCAAGGCAUUUUUGAAUGUUUGUCGGCACAGAGCGUAUCCCAUCAUCGAGAAAGAGAGCGGAGAAGGGGGAAAAGUCAGCAUCUUGGCUUGCAAGUAUCACGGCUGGUCUUAUGGAUUGUCUGGGAACCUCGCGAAAGCACCUCGCUUUGAGACAGUGGACAACUUUGAUAAAACCAUGUAUUCUCUAUAUCCUGUGCACUUACGUCUAGACAGACUCGGGUUCGUCUGGGUCAACCUCGACUCGGCCAAUUCACCGACUAUCCCCUGGGAAGACCAUUUCGAUGGCGUUGAUAUGCAGCCACGGCAGAAAGAUUUCAGCAUGGAUGACUUUGAGUUUGACCACGCAUGGGAGCUACAAGGCGAGUACAACUGGAAAGCCAUGGUGGACAACUACAAUGAGUGUUAUCAUUGCACGACGGCGCAUCCUGGCAUUCUGGCAACGACCAAACUGGAUACCUACGACGUCAAGGGUAUCAAGGGGUUCAUUGAACAUUAUUCCGAGCCCCUCGACAGCGUUGAACACAAGUACGGGGUGCAGCCGACAUAUUUCUUCCCCAGCGCGGCGAUUUUGAUAUCUGACGGGAUAACCUAUCUUACACGUUUUGCGCCCAAGUCAGCCACAUCCCUGAAGCUCGAGUACGAGGUCUAUCGGCACAAGGACUGCACUCAGGAAGACUUCGACACCAUGAAUCCCUUCUUCAAGCAGGUCGAAACUGAAGACGUGGGUCUCUGCAAUGCGGUGCAGCAGAACCUCAACAUGGACACCUACAUCAAGGGGCCACUCCAUCCGCACAACGAAAAGGGAGUCAUCUACUUCAAAAACCUUCUCAAGGAUGUGCUGUAUAAACACAUGGCGGAGGAGCAGAAGGCUGGGCGGAAGAUCUUCCCUGCUCGAAGGACCGAUGGCAAGAGUGACGAGAUAGCGGAAGAAGAGGCCUUUUGUCGACUUGCAUGUGAUGGAAACAGUGGUCCGAAAGCGGUCCCCCAGUGGUGA